UACAAGUCAAACUGACUUUCUAAAGGCUUUCUCUCUCGCUCUCGCUCCAUUGAGCUUCAGUAACAGAUCGUGUACGCAUAUCCAUAUAGACAUGAGUGUCGACAGGGACAUUGCUCCGGCGGAAAUCACGACGUUGGCGGUGGCCGUGAAGAGCAUCGGAGGCAAAGGGAGCCGGCGAGCUGUUCGGUGGGCGGUGGAGAAACUAAUGCCAAGAGCCGAUCGUUUCGUUCUAAUUCACGUCAUCCCCACCAUCACUUCAAUCCCAACUCCAUCGGGAGAUUAUAUCCCUGUUGAGGAUUUGGAUGCAAAUGUCGUGGCAAUGUAUGUGCAGGACAUGAAAGCAAAGUUUGAAGAGAUUUUUAUACCAUUCAAGAGACUAAGCAAAACACGAAAGAUGGAAACCUUAGUACUGGAAGGGGAGAAUCCUGCGUUGGCACUUGUAAAUUACAUAUCUAAUUUGGAGAUGAGAAGUGGUUUAGUGUUGGGCUCUUGCUCUUCUUGUUGCGUUACGAGGAAACUUAAAGGACCUGGUGUACCAGAAAUUGUUUUAAAAUAUGUCCCUGAUACAUGCGAUGUUUACGUGGUGUCGAAACGUAGGCUUAUCACAAAUUCAGCCAACCCCAUGGUUGCUGGAGAUUGCGAAGUCCACAAGACGUUUGGAGCAUCAUCAAUGCUGGAUCAUAGCUACCCAAAUUCUCAAGCUUUCACGCAUGAGAGCUUUUCUAUUCAUUCCACAACUCCUCGGGAAGGAAAUCAUCAAAACAUUGUAGAUAGUGUUUCCGAAAUUCAGGCAUUAGAGGGAUGCCCUUCUCUUUCUUCUGCAUGCACAGAACAGUCAGAUGUGCAGGCUGAAGUGGAAAAACUGCGUCUAGAAUUGCAGAAUACUGUUGCCAUGUACAAUCUAGCUUGUGAAGACUUAGUCCAUGCCCAACACAAGGUCCACUUGCUUUCUUCCGAAUGCCUUGAAGAAUCAAAAAGAGUGAAUGCAGCCAUGAAAAGAGAAGAAACUUCUAGGAAAAUUGCUGCUGAAGAGAAAGAGAAGCAUUUGGAAGCCUUGAAGGAGGUUGAUAUGGCAAGAAAUUUGCUUGCUAAGGAGGCUUAUGAAAGGCAGAUAGCAGAACUGAAGGCCCUCAAAGAGUCCUUGGAGAAACAAAAAGUUGUUGAUGCACUCUUCUUGAGUGACAAAAGAUACAGAAGGUACACUAGGGAGGAAAUAGAGGUUGCAACUGAUUUAUUCUCAGAAACAAAGAUGAUUGGUGAAGGAGCAUAUGGGAAAGUUUACAAAUGCAACCUUGAUCACACCCCUGUAGCUGUCAAAGUUCUUCAUCCUGAUGCAUCUGACAAGAAAGAGGAAUUUCUAAGAGAGGUUGAAGUUCUAAGCCAACUUCGUCAUCCACACAUGGUUUUACUACUUGGAGCCUGCCCAGAUGGUGGUUGCCUGGUUUAUGAAUACAUGGAAAAUGGAAGCCUGGAGGAUCAUAUUUUCUGCAAGAACGGCAGACCUCCUCUUCCUUGGUUUGUUCGUUUCCGUGUAGUUUUCGAGGUAGGAUGUGGACUUGCAUUCUUGCACAACUCAAGGCCCGAGCCUAUUAUUCAUCGGGACCUAAAACCCGGAAAUAUCUUGCUAGAUAGAAAUUAUGUGAGCAAAAUUGGAGAUGUGGGGAUGGCAAAACUCGUUUCAGACAUUGUGCCUGACAACAUUACAGAAUACAGAGACUCUAUUCUUGCCGGUACCCUUUACUACAUGGAUCCAGAAUAUCAAAGAACUGGGACUGUCCGACCCAAAUCAGAUCUUUAUGCUUUUGGAAUUAUAAUACUCCAAUUGUUGGCUGCUCGUCAUCCAAAUGGGCUUUUAUUGACAGUUGAAAAUGCUAUUGCGAGCAGUUCUUUCUCAAAUGUUCUGGAUAAGUCAGUUACAGGUUGGCCACUUGCCGAAGCAGAGGAACUAGCUCAGUUGGCACUGAAAUGCACCAGGCUUAGGUGCAGAGAUAGGCCAGAUCUCGAAACUGAAGUUCUGCCAGUUUUGAAAAAACUUGCUGAGUUUGCAGGCACGAGUAUGAAGGCAGAUAGAAACAACUUGGAUGCACCUAGCCACUACUACUGCCCCGUCCUUCAGGAAGUAAUGGAUGAACCACAAAUUGCAGCUGAUGGUUUUACAUAUGAGCAUAGAGCCAUAAAAAUAUGGCUCGAGAGACACAACGUGUCGCCAGUUACAAAGCUUAAGCUGCAGCAUAAGACGCUUACUCCAAACCACACCUUACGUUCUGCCAUACAAGAGUGGAGGUCCCGUUUGACAUCUGGGAAGCCUAAAUAGAAAUAAAUGGUUGCCGACUAUUUUUAUUCCACAAUUUCCAUUUUGCCAAUAAUUGUAAUUUAUGAUGUAUUCUGGCAGUCUCCAAUGAUCAAAUGAUAUUGUGGACUGUCUGCAAUUGUAUAGCAACGAUUUGACUCGAUUAAAAUCUUGUAAUAAUGAUGCUUUUGUUAUGGAAGUUUAUGAAGUCAAAGGAUUAUUUGGAAGAUCAGUUUGAUAAUGCUGGACAAGCAGCCCUAGCUGAUGCGUAUACAUGGCGAAAAUUUAG